AUGUGUGAAAAUUAUUGUAGAAUGUAACUGUUAUAUCAACUAAGAAAAAAGAAGAUAAUGGAAAAUAAUCAAUAUAAUAAUAUAUAUGAUAGAAUAAACAAGAAUGUUUAGAAUUAAAGAAUUUAUGAUUAAGAAUUGUCAAAUAGUGAAUCAACAGAUAAGGAAUCAAUAUUCCCAUUCAUAAUUCGUAAAUAGCUUUUAGAAUAAAUUUAAACUAUAAAUAAUGAUAAAAAUAGAAGAGUUGUAUAAAAUAAAGCCAAAAUAAAUGCUAGAAUAACAAAUAAUACUAGAUCAAUAUCAGUAUGCAGAAAAAUAGAACCUAAUGAUUAAAAGAAAAUGAUUUAUGAUCAUUUAAAUACAAAAUUAGAUAAAGAAAAAAAAACAAUUAUAAUAUUUUCAUAAAGAUAUAAUCCAUUGAAAAAUGAUUAUAUUUAUAGAUAUUGCAAAUAAGAUUCUUACUUAAGCUAAUCUAAUAAUUACAAUAAUUAAUUUUGA